CCAGCCCCCUGCUCCAGAUACCCAGCCCCCUGCUCCAUAUACCCAGCCCCCUGCUCCAGAUACCCAGCCUCCUGCUCCAGAUACCCAGCCUCCUGCUCCAGAUACCCAGCCCCCUGCUCCAGAUACCCAGCCCCCUGCUCCAGAUACCCAGCCUCCGCUGUUUGAUGCCCUGGAUGACAUCCACCUAGACAUCCAAGUGGAGGAGCCUCUGACUUUAGAGGAGGAGGUCCCUGUCGUAGAGAGCCUCCCGGCAGAAGUCCCCCCAGAGAAGAACCCGGUCGUCAGCUAUCAGAGGCCCAUCAUGGAUCCUGGUCCAGACAGGGCUAGGGCCAACUGGCAACGGCUCUGCAGCAAGGUCCGACUACAUCUGCAGCAGGCUCGGGGGGAGUCCGUUGGGAUUUGCUCCCUGUUGCUAUCAGCAGGGGUGGGUGGUGCGCUGUAUAGCAUCGACAGCAUGCCGGACCUCCGCAAGAGGAAAGCCAUGCCUCUGGUCAGGGACCUGGUCAGUGCUAUGUCCCUGGCUCAGAACUCCAGGAAGGCAGGGUUCACAUCAGCUAUGGCGUCCAGCGCUCUCAAUAACGAGGAUCUGAAGAGCCAUGUGUACAAGAAGACCCUACAGGCUCUGAUCUACCCCAUCUCCUGCACCACACCCCAUAACUUUGAGGUGUGGACGGCCACGACACCCACCUACUGCUAUGAGUGUGAGGGGCUGCUGUGGGGCAUCGCCCGCCAGGGCAUGAGGUGCACCGAGUGCGGGGUCAAAUGUCACGAUAAGUGCCAGGACCUACUCAAUGCUGACUGCCUGCAAAGAGCAGCGGAAAAGAGUUCUAAGUAUGGGGCAGAGGACAGAACCCAGAACAUCAUCAUGGUUCUAAAAGACAGGAUGAAGAUCCGAGAGAGGAACAAGCCGGAGAUCUUUGAGCUGAUCCAGGAGGUGUUUGCCAUGGUCAAAGUCACUCACGUCACCUACAUGAAGCAGAGCAAACAGAGCGUACUGGAAGGCACCUCCAAGUGGUCGGCCAAGAUCAGCAUCACAGUGCUGUGUGCCCAGGGCCUCCAGGCGAAGGAUAAGACAGGCUCCAGUGACCCCUACGUCACGGUCCAGGUGGGCAAGACCAAGAAGAGGACCAAGACCAUCUAUGGAAACCUCAACCCUGUCUGGGAGGAGAACUUCAACUUUGAGUGCCACAACUCCUCGGACCGAAUCAAGGUGCGGGUGUGGGACGAGGAUGAUGACAUCAAGUCUCGGGUGAAGCAGAAGUUCAAAAAGGAGUCAGAUGACUUCCUGGGUCAGACCAUCAUCGAGAUCCGCACGCUGAGCGGGGAGAUGGAUGUCUGGUACAACCUGGACAAGCGUACAGACAAGUCAGCCGUGUCUGGUGCCAUCAGGAUGCACAUCAAUGUAGAGAUCAAAGGAGAGGAAACAGUCGCUCCAUAUCAUGUCCAAUACACCUGUCUGCACGAGAACCUCUUCCACUUUGUCACAGAUGUGCAGAGUUCUGGUGUUGUGAAGAUUCCUGAUGCUAAAGGGGAUGAUGCGUGGAAGGUGUACUUUGAUGAGACUCCUCAGGAGAUAGUGGAUGAGUUUGCCAUGCGCUACGGAGUGGAGUCAAUCUAUCAGGCUAUGACUCACUUUGCCUGCCUGUCGUCUAAGUACAUGUGCCCUGGGGUGCCGGCGGUAAUGAGUACCCUGCUGGCCAACAUCAAUGCAUACUACGCCCACAGCACCCAGGCCACCAAUAGCGUGUCCGCCUCUGACCGUUUCGCCGCAUCCAACUUCGGGAAAGAACGAUUUGUGAAGCUCCUAGACCAACUCCACAACUCCCUUAGGAUUGAUCUGUCCAUGUACCGGAAUAACUUCCCAGCCAGCAGUCCUGAGAGGCUGCAGGACCUCAAGUCUACUGUGGACCUGCUCACCAGCAUCACCUUCUUCAGGAUGAAGGUACAGGAGCUACAGAGUCCCCCCAGAGCCAGUCAGGUGGUGAAGGGCUGUGUUAAGGCCUGUCUCAACUCCACCUACGAAUACAUCUUCAACAACUGUCACGAACUCUACAGCCGCGAGUACCAGACAGACCCGGCCAAACUAGGAGUGGUCGUUCCAGAAGAGCAGGGUCCCAGCAUCAAGAACCUGGACUUCUGGUCCAAACUCAUCACCCUCAUCGUGUCCAUCAUAGAGGAAGACAAAAACUCCUACACACCCUGCCUAAACCAGUUUCCUCAGGAGCUCAACGUGGGUAAAAUCAGUGCUGAGGUGAUGUGGAACCUGUUUGCUCAGGAUAUGAAGUACGCCAUGGAGGAGCAUAAAAAGAACCGGCUGUGUAAGAGCGCAGAUUACAUGAACCUGCACUUCAAGGUCAAGUGGCUAUACAACGAGUACUGCAGAGACCUGACCUUCUUUAAGAGCCGUGUGCCUGAGUACCCGGCGUGGUUCGAGCCAUUUGUCAUCCAGUGGUUGGACGAGAACGAGGAAGUGUCUCGAGACUUCCUGCAUGGUGCACUGGAGAGGGACAAAAAGGACGGGUUCCAGGUGACUUCGGAGCAUGCUCUGUUCUCCUGCUCCGUGGUGGAUGUCUUCUCUCAGCUCAACCAGAGCUUUGAGAUCAUCCGCAAGCUGGAAUGUCCCGACCCCCAGAUCGUAGGCAACUGCAUGAAACGCUUCGCCAAGACAAUUGGCAAUGUUCUCAUAUCCUACUCUGACAUUAUCUCCAAGUGCUUUGCUAACUACGUCAACAUGGAGAAAGUGCCAUGCAUUCUGAUCAACAACAUCCAGCAGCUCAGAGUUCAACUGGAGAGGAUGUUUGAGGCCAUGGGAGGAAAGGAUCUGUGCAAGGAGGCCAGUGACUUCCUGAAAGACCUGCAGUUGAAGCUAAACACUGUGAUGGAUGAUCUCAGCAGGAUCUUUUCUGCCAGUUUUCAGCCACAGAUUGAAGACAAUGUGAAGCAAAUGGGAGACAUCCUUGGCCAGGUGAAGGGGACCAACGUGGGAGCUAACAACUGCAGCAGUGUGGCCCAGGAUGCUGACAAAGUUCUGGAGCCUAUCAUGGAUUUCCUGGACAGCAACCUGACGCUGUUUGCGAAGAUCUGUGAAAAGACGGUCUUGAAACGUGUUCUGAAGGAGCUGUGGAAACUGGUGAUGAACACUAUGGAGAGGACCAUCGUCCUGCCCCCUCUCACCGACCAGACGAUGAUUGGAACUCAGCUCAUCUCCAACGCUGCCAAGCAGCUGGGACAGCUCUCCAAGAUAAAGGAGCACAUGGGUCGUGAGGAGGCCAAAGCCCUGUCCCCUAAACAGUGUGCUGUGAUAGAACUGGCCUUGGACACCAUCAAGCAAUACUUCCAUGCUGGAGGGGUGGGUCUGAAAAAGACCUUCCUGGAGAAGAGUCCUGACCUGUUGUCUCUACACUACGCCCUGUCCCUCUACACCCAGGCCACAGACAAACUCAUCAAGACCUUUGUUUCAUCUCAGAUCGCACAAGGCUCUGGUGUGGAAGAUGCCGUGGGAGAGGUGUCUAUCCACGUGGAGAUCUUCACCCACCCCAACACUGGAGAGCACAAGGUCACCGUCAAAGUGGUGGCAGCCAAUGACCUGAGGUGGCAGACCACAGGGGUGUUCCGUCCCUUCGUUGAGAUCUACAUCAUUGGUCCUCAUCUAGCUGACAAGAAGAGGAAGUACGCCACCAAAUCCAAGAACAACAGCUACGCCCCCAAAUACAACGAAACGUUUACAUACGCCCUCAGUAACGAGGUGGGCACAGAGUGUUACGAGCUGCAGGUGUGUGUGAAGGACUACUGCUUCGCCCGGGAGGACCGUACCGUGGGCAUAGCCGUGAUGCAGUUGAAGGACAUGUCUUCUCGGGGCAGCGUAGCGUGCUGGCUCCCCCUGGGGAAGAGGGUCCACCUGGACGAGACGGGCCUCACCGUCCUCCGCAUCCUGUCCCAGCGCAACAACGACGACGUGGCAAAGGAGUUCGUCAAGCUCAAGUCAGAUCAGCGCUCUCCCGAGGAGGGCCGAGGAUGAGAAGUCUUUAUUCGCUCAGCGCCAUCUACAGGCUAGGAAGUCCUUAUGCGGACUGACUGCAAGCCAAACUACUGCCCUGAUGUUUGAGUGUUGGUGAAGCACAGAGAAACAGUUCUUUACUAUAGUACUGUUCAUACAUCUUAUUGAAGAGGACAUGUGAUACCAUCUACAGGCAUUGUCCUGAUUGUCUUGAAAGCACCAAUACCUUUAUUAUGAAUAUAAUGAAUCAUGUCAUUUUGCAUACAUAUAUUCAUAAACACAACAAACUCACGAAACAGACACACUUACUACAACACAUUCACACAAAAAAGAGUUUAAAGGGAUAGUUUGGGAUUUUAUCUACUUUCCCAGAGUCAGAUGAACUCGUGGAUACCAUUUGUAUGUCUCUGUGUCCAGUAUGAAGGCAACUAGAGGUAGUUUCGCCAGGCAGUGCUAAAUAGCUUAGCACAAAGACUUGAAUUCCUCGUGUGGAACUAGUCGAGGAGACAGCGCGAAGAGUUCACGUCUUUGUGCUAACCUAGCGCUAACACUAGUUAGAAGUGGCUUGCGAAAUUACCUCUAACUUCCUUCAUACGGGACACAGAGACAUAAUGGUAUCCGCUAGUUCAUCUGACUCUUACGAAAGUAGAUGAAGGGCUGCAUUGCCAAAAUCCUGAACUAUCCCUUGAUAGAGUAUAUUGUCUUCCUUUAACUCUCCCUCUCCAUUUCUCAUAGCAUGGGCCAUGUCUAUUUGUGCUCUUCCAAUCACACAUUUGAACUAGAUUCUGCCAAUAUUGACUAGUUCCAUGCAUAGGUAUCUAAAUGGUCCUGGAGAUCAAGAUCUUGUAGCCUUGACCUCUUGUCUAUUACUUACUGUAUAUUACCUGCCCUUUCACUUCCUUUAUCUAGACUAGUGCCAAUGGAUCAAUCAAUAAUGUUAUGUCAAGUCAAGCCCCAAGCACAACAGGACCAACUGUGUACAGCAGACCAUCAGGCUUUUAGGCCUCAUCCAUUCCAAAGAGUAAGGUUUACACACACUGGUUUAUGAUAGUAUUUCUAUGUGUUCUGGACCUUUCUUAAUUCCCCUGUGGAGUUUUCUAUAGGAGAGCAGGCUGGACUAAAUAUAGAUUGAAAUGUUUAUAUAUAUUAUAUAGAGAGAUAUUAUCGGUCAAUUUAUGAUAUAUUUAAAGACUAUAUGAAGGCUUUGACCUUGAAAAGAGUGUCCCGAUCUGUGUCGCAGUUUAUAAGUCUGUUUGUCUACCCUGUUACAGAGCACACUGCCUGAAACCCUCAAAUGCCUUGUCCUGUAGAACCUGUUGUCUGUCUUCAGUACAAAGUGAGAGCAACCUGAUGAAGACAAGCCUCGGAGCACUGCGAUUCAUCAGUGUGUGUGUGUGUUUGAGAGAAAGAAUUGAUUGAGUGUGUGUAUAUACUGUUUAUGUGUGUCAUAAUAUUACACGAGUGACAUAAUGUAGACACCAGUGUUCCCUGCUUGUGUAAAUGUGUUAAUCACAGAAAGCCAUUGAGAGGAGAGAACACAAUACAGUGGAAGAAUGCGUAUUCUAUAGUAUAUUUUGUUUCUUUGAGAAUUUCCUAAGUGUCUUUGACUUCGGGGACUGAAAGUAAAGCAAUUUUGGGAAGGUUUAUUGCUCGUUUGAUCGUAAAACAUUACGUGUGUGAACAGAGCUCCAUUCGUUUGCCUUGGAAAACAGCCACCUCCUCUCUCUCCUUCAACCUCUCUGAUCGAUAUGUGUCAGCGUGGAGGAGAGCAUUUAGAGACUAAAGACAGAUACAUUUCUUACCGCUUGCGUUGCCAUAGCAACCUCUUGUCAAAUGAUGAUGUCAGGCCACACGUGACCCCCACGGUCUCUUUCUUCCACUCUGCUGGGGCAGGCACAUAACGUAGACAUGACCACAUUUACCUAAAAUGGCCUCUUACCAGGCUGUCUGGUCCUGGUUUUGUGCACACAGGGUCUGUUCACAAGGGCUAUAGUCAGUCCUGCCCACUCCAAUGAGACUUGCCAGAUGGUGACUGAGAUGGCUUUGUGGGAACAGGACCAGUGUCUAGGGCUGUUUAUGUGAACACUUGCCGUCUUGUUCAUGGCGCUCACAUUUAGAAGCAGCACAUGGAAGGAUAUUCAGCACAGGGAACCCUUGGAGGUGUAGUAGCUCAUAUUGUGACCAUGCUGUAUCUAGUGCCAUUCCAGGACCUCCACCUGAAUCCUUUAUUAUUGAUUAAACUGCUUGGAGGAGGUUGAGGCUGCAGAAGAGGAAUGUAUGUAUUCCUGUGAUGUCAUGAUUGGCUUAUAUUAUGUCUGUGAUUGUAAUGACAGGUCUCUGAUCUCCCCUCCUCUUCCCUCUACUGCCCACUGUACUGCCUCCCUUCCCUCUACAGCCCACUGUACUGCCUCCCUUCCCUCUACAGCCCACUGUACUGCCUCCCUUCCUUCUACAGCCCACUGUACUGCCUCCCUUCCUUCUACAGCCCACUGUACUGCCUCCCUUCCCUCUACAGCCCACUGUACUGCCUCCCUUCCUUCUACAGCCCACUGUACUGCCUCCCUUCCUUCUACAGCCCACUGUACUGCCUCCCUUCCUUCUACAGCCCACUGUACUGCCUCCCUUCCUUCUACAGCCCACUGUACUGCCUCCCUUCCUUCUACAGCCCACUGUACUGCCUCCCUUCCCUCUACAGCCCACUGUAAUGCCUCCUCUUCCCUCUACAGCCCACUGUACUGCCUCCUCUUCCCUCUACAGCCCACUGUAAUGCCUCCUCUUCCCUCUACAGCCCACUGUAAUGCCUCCUCUU